AUGGCCACCGUUGCGCCCGCACGACUACCCGCUAUCUCCUCCCUUUCCGGCCUCUCCCUCGCCCAGCAGACCGAGAUUCUUGACCUGCUCUUCGAGCCCAGUCCCUCCAUUCACGAACUUCUCCUCCCUCUCUUCCGGAAAAAGGGUGAAUUCGCCUCCUACGAUGAUUUCAUAACCGAAGCGCACGCCGUAUUUUCGACCCUCCGAACCGAUUCUUCGCCCACUUCUUCCGACGAGUACCCUGAUGCCCGGGCCAAACUCCACUCUAUUUUGGGAUCUCACCCGAGGCUUGGGGCUAAAAAGGUUGAGAGUGCCCAGUCGGCUGCUGAGCAGGCUCAGUUGCAAUCUGGCGAUGGCUCUGAACUGGCGGCUCUCAACGCCGAGUAUGAAAAGACGUUUCCUGGACUGAGAUAUGUCGUGUUCGUCAACGGACGGCCGAGACCCGUCAUUAUGGAGAAUAUGAGGGAGCGCAUUGCCAGGGGAGACAUCUCUCUUGAAGAACAAGAGGGCAUCCAGGCAAUGUGCGACAUUGCACGAGACCGAGCCGCCAAACUCCAGCGUGUCUAA